AUAUGAUACCAUUUUGAAUCCAAUCAUCAUCAUCAUAAAUAGAUUGGAGUAUAAGUAAAUCUUUAUAGUAAAAAAAAAGAAAGAAAAGGAUCAUCAUCAUCAUUAAAAUCGCCAUCACCAUCAUCAUCACUAUCAUGCAUUCAUUUAUUGUUUCUAAAAGUGUAUUAUCAUUCUCUAAUCUACUGAUGAAUAAACGAAUAAAGUUACAAACACCGUUUUAUUCGUCACCUUUUUUAAUGUUUUUCAUCAUUCAUUUUAUUGUUGUAUUUAAUAACAUUCUUUCGAAUCAUCUAUCUCAUGCAGAUUCAAUAGUCAACAACAACAACAAUAAUAAUAAUAAUAAUAAUGAUCAUCAUUGUCCAUAUCCAUCGGUUCCAAUCUAUGCCGAUGUACAAUUAAGUUCAGAGUUUAUUGUGAAUGGUACGAAAGCUUUCUAUAAAUGUAAUGAUGGUUAUGAAUUAUUCGGUACGGCUACCAGAACAUGUAUAGAUCAAAAAUGGUCCGGUGCACUUCCGUAUUGUGCCGUGAAUGUUGCGUACGGAAAACCAACGAAUCAAUCGAGUACCGUUAAAGGAGGCGAUUCACGAAAUGCCAAUGAUGGUGAUCUUAGUAGUUUACAUGAGAAUAAAUACUGCACGGAAACUAAGGUGGAAAAUUCACCGUGGUGGCAAGUGGAUCUCUUGCAACCAUACGAAAUUCGUGUGAUUCGUGUAUUGACGCGAAGUUGUUGUGGACAUCAACCAUUACACGAUCUUGAGAUUCGUGUUGGUAAUAGUUCAACAGUGCAAGGUAAUCGACUUUGUGCAUGGUAUCCUGGUACAUUAGAUGAUGGUGAAAAUAAAGAUUUUAAUUGUGCCAAUCCAAUUAUCGGCCGAUAUGUCUAUAUUCAAAUGGUGGGAAUCGAAAGUUCAUUAUCAUUGUGUGAAGUUUUCGUAUUCACUACCAAAGAAUUUUCUUCGAACCGUUGUGGUGAUGCAAUGGAAUAUCAACAGAUAACGAGUUUCAAUCAGACUUGUUAUGAAUUUCAAACACAACGAGGUGGAUCAUUUGUUGACGCUGAUAUGUAUUGCAAAUCACGUGGUGGCCUUCUCAUUCAUUCAAUCACUGAUAUGACGCAGAAUUUUCUUUAUUAUGAAUUGGAACGAUAUAAAAUCAAAUUACGUUCUAAAUUGGUCUGGGUUGGAGCUCGAAGAGAUCAUUAUGCCCAGAACAUUACAUCAUUAUUCGGUACUCGUCCCAGAUUAUUCUGGCAUUGGAUCAAUGGACAACCAAUUAAUAAAUUUCUUUGGGCCGAAGAUCAACCAAACAAUUAUAAUGGGCAACAAAAUUGCAUUGUGCUUGAUGGCGGACGAAAAUGGCUCUGGAAUGAUGUCACUUGUGACCUUGACUAUUUACCUUGGAUUUGUCAAUAUUCACCUUCUAAUUGUGGCAGUCCUGAUAUCAAUGAAAACUCAACCAUCAUCAAAAAUGACUUUCGAAUUGGGAAUAUCAUCACUUACCAAUGUGCUCAAGGUUGCCGUUUAGAUGGAUUACAGAAACGUUUCUGUCAAAGCAAUGGCUUUUGGCAAGGCGAAGCGCCGAAUUGUGUCUAUGUUGAUUGUGGCCCAUUACAAUCCAUUUCAAAUGGUCGCGUUGGUUAUAUUCGAACAGAUUUCAAUGCAUCAGCCACAUAUUCAUGUAUACGUGAUUAUGCAUUAGUCGGUGUGGAAACAAGAUAUUGUCUAGGUAAUGGUUCUUGGAGUGAUCAGGAACCCAAAUGUUUCUACGGUUUAUGUACACAACCAUUGGAAAUCGAUAAUGGUAUUGUACAAGUGACUAAUAGAACGAUAAAUGGUGUUGCUUCAUAUUCUUGUCAUUCGGGUUUCGUACUCUUUGGUCAAUCACAAUUGAUUUGUCAAAUCGGUGGAAGUUGGUCACAUAAUGCUCCUCAAUGUAAAUUUAUCGAUUGUCGUCUACCAUUAGACAUAAACAAUGGCUUCUAUAAAUUGAUGAAUAAAACAACUUAUUAUGGUAGCACCAUCAUUUAUGAAUGUGAUCGAAAUUAUAUUUUAAUUGGUAAUAAAACACGAACUUGUAUGGAAUUAGGAAUCUGGAGUGGUUUAGAACCAUCAUGCGAAAUGGUUAAUUGUGGUAUGCCUAAAAAAGUAUCUGGUAUAAAAUUUCAAGGAACCACAUUUACAGUUGGUUCGGAAUUAUUGUUUGAAUGUGAAUCUGGCUAUCAACUUGUUGAAGGAAAUCCUAAACGUAAAUGUCAAGAAAAUGGCCGAUGGAGUGGUGAUGAUAUAGUCUGUAAAUACGUGGAAUGUGGACGAGUUCAGCCAAUAUGGAAAGGCGAAAUCAUUUACGUAAAUUUGACCACGCAUUUAGACAGUGUCAUAAAUUAUUCAUGUGGCACCGGAUAUAGAUUAGUUGGCGAUAAAGCAAGAGUAUGUCAAGAUAAUGGAAAAUGGUCAGGCAAUAAGGCUAAAUGUGAAGAAAUUCGAUGCUCUCCACCAGAAAUACAAAAUUCAUCCGUUGUUUACAAUGGUAAUGAUCGUGCAUUCAGUGAUUCAUUCAAAGUAGGCUCCACAGUACAAUAUCGUUGUUCACUUGGCCAUAUUGUACAAGGACAAUCAUUACGAACUUGUGAGACGACUGGAUUUUGGAGUGAUGCACCACCCAUUUGUGUUUAUAUUGAUUGUGGAUUACCGUUUCCACUUUCGAAUGGAAAAUGGCUACUCACUAGUAAUACAACUUAUUAUGGAAGUACAGUUGAAUAUGAAUGUAAUUCAAAUUUCAAACUGAAUGGACCACGGCGGCGAAUUUGUCUUGAGAAUGGAACAUGGAGCAGCGUGCCGCCUAUUUGUGAACUUGUCACCUGUAAAGCUCCCGAAACUAAAGAUGAAAAAACAUUGGUUCAAGUAUUAAAUCAACAAGUGGGCAGUAAAGCCAUUUAUUCGUGUAUACAUGGUCUCGAAUUGAUUGGCAACAAUGAACGAACAUGUCAAACUAAUGGUCAAUGGAGCGGUCAGGUUCCAUUUUGUCGAUAUGUCGAUUGUGGUAGACCACCAGUGAUUCCAAACGGUAGAGGAUAUCUAGUAAAUGGAACAACAUUUUAUGGCAGCAUAGUUGAAUAUCAUUGUUUGCCUGAUUUCAAAAUGAUUACCGAUUCGCAGCAUAGAUAUUGCCAAGCAAAUGGAGAAUGGAGUGGCACCAUUCCAAGAUGUUUGGAAACACAAGAUGCGAAUGAAAUUGAAGAAAGCUUACAAGCAAAUAAUCUUGAUGGUGAAUCCGAUUAUGAAAGUGUUGAAUCAUCAAAAUCGAUUGGGAUCGGCGUUUCGUUUGGCAUCGGCACCAUUCUGAUUUUGAUGAUCAUCAUUGGAUUUUUAUUCGUCAAAAUUAAAAAGCAAAAACCAAUCAAAAGUGGUGGUGAAAAUAUCGAAGUAAAUCAUCAUCAUCAUCAUCAUGCUACUACAACUAGUAAAGAUAUUUCCCGACCAAUGACCUAUUCAAGGAUUUGUUUGGAUUCGGAUAUGGCUUCAAUGCAGGCGACAAAUAAUUUACGAACGAAUAAUUCUAAUUUGGUCACAUUUUCAGCACCAAACAAUGGCGGUGGACCGUUAAUGAAGACACAGCCAUUAUAUGCUAAUCUACCUAUGGUUCAAAAUGAUGCCAACAUCAUUCAUGUACCGGUUAGUCAAAAUAUAGUGGUCAAUCGACCAUUACCAGCCAUAGUUCAUAAAGGUUUACAUCAGCCUCCGUUACCAUUGCCACCACCACAGCAACAUUAUAAUAAUGGCAAUAAUAAUACAACGAAAAAUCUGUGAUCCACACAAUUUAGCUCAAUCUUUGUACAUUUUUAUAAUAACUUUAGAUAUUUCUGUAAAAAAAAUGUAAAUUUUUCAUUCUCUCUUUCAUUAUAUAUCUUGUUUCUCUUUUGUAUAAAUUUCUGUCACAUACA